AUGGAAGGCCUCUUCUUCAAUGUGAAUGGCGGAUACGUCGAAGGUAUCGUUCGGGGGUAUCGGAACAGCCUGCUGAGCGGCCAGAACUACUCCAACUUGACACAAUGCGAAUCCAUUGAUGACGUGAAACUCCAGCUGGGCCCCUCCUAUGGCGACUUCCUUGCCUCUCUUCCCCCGAACCCCUCCACCUCAGCACUCGCCGGCAAGAUGACCGACAAGCUGGUCUCGGAGUUCCGCUACCUUAUCGCGCAGUCCACCGGAUCGACUGCUAAAUUCUUGGAAUAUCUGACAUACGGGUACAUGAUCGACAACAUUGCCCUCCUUAUCACCGGCACCCUGCACGAGCGAGACACCCGCGAACUCCUCGAGCGAUGCCACCCUCUGGGUUGGUUUGAGACCCUGCCUGUGCUAUGUGUUGCGACCAACAUCGAGGAGCUUUACAACUCGGUUCUGAUCGAAACCCCACUCGCGCCAUACUUCAAGGGCAGUCUCAGCCACCAUGAUUUGGAUGAGCUGAACAUUGAGAUUGUUCGCAACACCCUGUACAAGAACUACCUGGAGGAUUUCUUCAACUUCGUCAACACCCACCCCGAUUUUGCUGGUAGCCCGACGCAGGAUGUCAUGUCCGAGAUCCUGCAGUUCGAGGCCGACCGCCGGUCCAUCAACAUCACCCUCAACUCCUUCGGCACUGAACUCUCCAAGCAAGAGCGGAGGAAGCUGUACCCUGAAUUCGGUAAACUUUACCCCGAGGGGAGUCUGAUGCUUUCCCGUGCAGAAGACGUUGAGGGUGUGGCUCUAGCAGUCAGCGCUGUCGCGGAUUACAAGCUGUUCUUUGAUGCCGUGGGUUUGAGCCAAGGCGGCAGUGGCCUUGGUGGUAUGGGCGGUGGCCCGGCCGAUGGAAAGAGUCUUGAGGACCUUUUCUACCAAAAGGAAAUGGAGAUGUCAAAACUAGUCUUUACCCGUCAAUUCACCCCGGCGGUGGUGUAUGGUUGGAUGAAGUUGAAGGAGCAGGAAAUCCGGAAUGUAACCUGGAUCUCAGAGUGCAUUGCUCAGAACCAAAAGGAGAGGAUCGGAAACUUCAUCUCCGUCUUCUAA